CGAUCUUUUGCAAGACUCUUCCUGGUUUAGAUACACGACUGCAUUGUUCCAAUUUGUGCAUUGAAUCAACGUCAUUUAAAUAGAAAACACUCGGAAAUUCAUUUAGAAUGGCGUCACACGGAACAAAACCAAAACCGGAGUUUUAUCGAAGAGUCCUACCAGACGGAUGUAUCGCCUUUUCGUCCACAGAAGGGAAGACAAUCUUCAGGGAGGCUCUAGUGUCUGGUCACAUGGGAUGCUAUUUCAAAAUGGCGUCACAAUUCAGCACCCAAGCUGAGCCAGCCUUCUGCGGCCUCACUACUCUCGUCAUGAUCCUGAACGCUCUGGAGGUCGACCCUGGGAAAGUCUGGAAGGGUCCCUGGCGAUGGUACCACGAGGAUAUGUUAGAAUGCUGUGUAUCAUUAGAUGUGAUGAAAGAAAAUGGCAUAACCUUUGAUCAAUUUGUAUGUCUGGCUGCUUGUAACUCAUUAGAAGGAGAGUCUACAAGAAUGGAUGAUUCUGCCUCGCUAGAAACGUUUCGAAAUCACGUCACCAGGCUAAGCAGAAACGAUGAUCGAUUCAUCGCCUUAUCCUAUAGCAGAAAGAUUCUUGGCCAGACCGGGGACGGUCACUUUUCCCCUGUUGGAGGUUAUCAUCCCGACAGAGACAUGGUGUUGGUGAUGGACACAGCUCGGUUCAAGUAUCCCCCUCACUGGGUUCCGCUGACUACCAUUUGGGAAGCCAUGAAACCACUCGACAAAAGUACAGGAAAGCCUAGAGGCUACUGCAUUUUGUCAAAAAUUAACAAGGAUGGAUCAUUGCGAUUAUUCAAAUUGUCGAAAUCCUUCAAUGUCUUCUUACCUUGUGCCUGCACCAGUGGUAUUUCGUCAUUCUUGUACAAAUGGCGAGAAGGCUUGGCGAAGGAAGUUGCAGCAAUGACAUUGGAAGGUACAGAUGAAAAAAUACCAUCCGACGACAUGGACAUCUUCGACCAAGUUUUACCUUUGUUGCUGAAAAGUGCCGGUUGCAUUGCACAACAUGAAUGCAUUCUUUCCACAUUUAUGGACUUGGCGAAUUUCUCAAAGGAGCACAAUUCGCUGAAAGAGGCUUUGCUUCAGCAGAUCGAAUGUUUGGAUCUUUACAACAUUGUACACGAUGUUUUACAGAAUGCCGACAUUGUGUCCGAUUCCUGCUUAUCUAUUGGUAAUGCAGGAGAAAAUAAGGUCAUGGCGUCAGAUGAAGGAUGCUGCGGAGUGUCUUCUGCAAAAUGUGCAAAAAAUUCAGAUACCAGAAUGAUUCCGGCACAUUUUAUCACAGUCUUCGUGCUCUGUUGGCCAUACGAAUCGUUCAAGGACACGGAAGCGGUGACAAUUGCAGACACGUUGGAUGCAUACAUCAUAAAAUGGAUGGAAAGCACAACCUCAAAAGAGCUCAAGGAAGAAGUGUCACAGCUCAAAAGGCAGCUGUCGGUGCUGUUGAAAAUGCGUUCGAUAAACCAUGGUGUUUCCUGCAACACCCAAUGCAAGGCCGCUACAUCGUGCAGCAACCUGUGUGAGACCACUACUUCCUUCAGCAAGAAUAAAUAGUCGACGCCUUUUUGGACAAAUGUGAACACAAUUGGUACUCGAAAAGCAACAUUUAUCUAAGGAAACUUUACACAAUUACGCAAGAAUGUGAAAAACUUAUUAGAUACAAAAUAUAAACAGUUUUGGAGUUUAAAACAAGAUUGAAAAAAGUUUAAAUAGUGUUAUUCGCCAUUUCUUUGCCAAUGUUAUUUAGAUUUCGUAGUUUAGGCAGCAUUUAUUUGAUAAUCUACCGCAGUCAUAACAUACGUACACUUUUAGAGUGUGGAGCAUUUACGUGUUGUCUGUUUUAUUUGUAGAUUCAUGUUAUCUGUCAUUUCCGGUUACACAAACUCGCUUAACUUUAAUUGCUAAGAUAUGUAUCAUUACAUGUUUGGAUUCUUAUUCAAUAUCGGAACACUUAUUCAUAGGGAAUAUAUUCUUGUCCCUAAAACAAUAAUCAUGAAAUGCUUGUUUUAUCAAAUUAGUAGCGAUGCUUAUGUUUGUUAACUCCGUGUGAUUUGAUCUAUUGCCGACUCUUACGACGGUCACCUGUUCAUAGUUUGUUUUCGGGGUUUCCUUGCUGUCCUAGUAUUUAGAUGUUUUGUAUGGGGUCUAUCCAUGAGUUUUUGUUGGAUAUAUUUAAUAACUAACAAAUGUAUGUGUAGCUACUUUUAUAAUAUAUGUUUUUUAACUUUUAUAUUCAUAGGUUGGUUUAGAGUAAAAGACAGUUUUGCAGCAUUAUACAUUAAUUAUGGAUUCACUAUAGAAAACAAUCUUCUUUCAAAGUAAUUUCUUUAAACAAGCCAUAUGCUUAAAAAAACUUAUUUGUUUCCUUUCAGCGUAUUUUGACAAAGUUAUUUGAAGAAAUGUCUGAAGUGAUCAUCAUUACAUGGUUCGUUACCUAUCAAUGACCUAACUUACUGUGUAGGGGGGAGAUGAUCUGCACUUUUCUGCUUGGGUUAAUUAAGAUUAUAAUGAAUGUAGCAAUUAAUGCUACAAUGAGCGAUACCUAUAUAUCUAGUGAUUAUGAUAAUGCACAUUCAUAAAUCUAGUUUCUUCAGAGCCUUACAUAAGCCUUUUCAUAUUUGAAGUUGUAGACGUGCACUAUAAGAUUUGGUACGGUGGUACUGUAAUUAAUCUCAGUAAAAAUAUUAUUCG